CACCAAAGUCUCUUGGGAACUUUGGGGACGCUAAUUGCAUGGAACAGUUGCUCGUCCACUGCGCCAACGCCAUCGAGAGCAACGACGCUACUCUUGCUCAGCAAAUCUUGUGGGUUCUUAACAACAUCGCGCCCCCCGACGGUGAUUCGAAUCAGCGCCUCACUUGCGGCUUCCUUCGGGCCCUUAUCGCUCGUGCCGCCAAGAGCGGAAACUGCAAGCUGUUUACCGCCAUGGCUAAUGUCCACGCCAAUGAUUUAUCCAUGAACAAUCACAAAUUCUCAAUCAUUGAGCUCGCGAGCUUCGUGGAUUUGACCCCGUGGCACAGGUUUGGUUUCACGGCGGCUAAUGCAGCCGUGGCCCUGGAGGGGUAUUCAGUGGUUCAUAUAGUCGAUUUAAGCUUGACCCACUGCAUGCAGAUACCGACCCUUAUUGAUUCCAUAGCUACCAGGCUUGAGGGGCCGCCGCUGGUCAAACUCACUGUAGCCGGGGCCAUGGAAGAUUUCCCUCCGAUGCUCGAUCUGUCGUACGAGGAAUUAGGUUCUAAAUUGGUUAAUUUCGCUCGGUCCCGCAAUGUCGUAAUGGAAUUUAGGGUCAUUCCUUCGAGUUCUUCAAACGGGUUUUCUUCAUUGAUUGAGCAACUCAGAAUGCAACAGUUAAUACGCGUCGAAAAUGGUGAGGCGCUCGUGAUAAACUGCCAUAUGAUGCUUCAUUACAUACCAGAAGAAACCCUAUCUUCAGGGGUCCCAAACACGAGUUCACCCAUAGAGAGCACAUCCCUUCGCACCAUGUUUCUCAAGGCAUUACGAGGUCUGGAUCCCACGAUAGUCGUGUUAGUGGAUGAGGAUGCCGAUUUUACAUCAAACAAUCUAGUGAACAGAUUAAGGUCGGCAUACAAUUAUCUAUGGAUACCCUAUGAUACAGUGGACACGUUUCUUCCCCGGGGGAGCAAGCAGCGGCAAUGGUACGAAGCCGACUUAUGUUGGAAGAUUGAAAACGUGAUUUCACAUGAAGGGCCUCAGCGAGUUGAAAGACUUGAGCCCAAGAGCAAAUGGGUUCAGAGAAUGAGGAAUGCGAGUUUCAGAGGAGUUGCUUUCAGUGAAGAGGCGAUUACAGAAGUGAAGAACAUGCUGGACGAGCAUGCGGCUGGUUGGGGGCUGAAGAAGGAAGACGAAGAUCUCGUGCUUACUUGGAAAGGACACAACGUAGUGUUUGCUACUGCCUGGAUACCUGCUUAAUUUGAUGGUACCUUGAGCUUAAUUAAUUUCAGAUUAUUAAUUCAGUUUACUGUUUCAGCAUAGUUCACUAUUUGUCUCCAAAUGUACUGAUGAUCCAUCAUGAUCAGAAUAUGUAGUGUGUAUGAAUAAUCUUUUUCUGGCUUCAUUGUGCAUGAUUCAGACAUAUGCAUGUUA